AUGACUGAUUCAAAUUCGCUUUCGCGGAGCAAGUCCGCCCCAACUUUACCCGAAGAAGAAGCCAUGGCUCCUCUCUCUCCAGACCUCGCCGCUGCCGAUGCAGAUGGGCUUUCAUCAGCGCCUGCCGAUGGUUCGAUUUCGCCUACAUCUACUCCCGGAAGGCUGUCUAGAAAUCCUUCGUUCUCAAACAGCAGCUCAUACCAGGAGGACUGGGAUACGUUUCCGCCGUUGGACAAGCUGAGCUUCUCCGAACUGUUCGAUACAUUUUCAUUGUCACAGAAGUUGGAGAAAUGGAAUCAGGCGCUGAACAUACAGCGAGAUCGAGUGCGUCGUCAGCGCGAAAAACUCAAGUCUGUUUCUGGUCUUGCCAAAGAUCGCGUCGUGGAUGAAUGGAGGAAAAGAGUCCCAACUGCUGAUGAGCAGUUGGACAAGUACAAAGUUCGUAUGCGGGAUUCAGUCGAUCGGUUGACGAAACAAUGGAACAAGGUAGCAACAGUAACCUUACGUGAGAAAAUAUCCUUCAUUGCCGGUGUGAUGAACAUCUUCAUCAGUGGAUACCUUAUGGGAGCCGCACCGGAGAGAUUUUAUUGGUGGUACACUGCUCAGCUUGUCUAUUUCAUGCCUAUUCGCUUGUACUCCUACCAUAAGCGAGGUUACCACUACUUUUUGGCCGAUUUGUGUUACUUUGUUAAUUUCCUAUCCAUGUUGAGCAUCUGGGUUUUCCCGAAGUCGAAGCGACUCCUGAUCGGUACGUAUUGCCUGGCUUACGGAAACAAUGCGGUCGCUAUCGCUAUGUGGCGUAACUCUUUGGUAUUUCACAGUAUGGAUAAGGUUGUCAGUGUCUUUAUCCAUAUCAUGCCACCAGCCGCUUUCCAUUGUAUUGUGCAUUUGACACCUCCUGAGAUGCUGAAGGAAAGGUUUCCAGCCGUAUGGGAUGUCAAGUUCAGUCAGCCUGGCGCACCUGAACAUUUCAGUCUAUUGGCAAUGAUGCUCUGGGCUUCUAUCCCAUAUGCGAUCUGGCAAUUAUCUUACCACCGUUGGAUCACCGUUCGUCGUGCAGACAAGAUUGCGGCCGGUCGACCAACCAGUUUUACUUGGCUUCGACGUUCAUAUGCCAAGACAUGGAUCGGUAAAUUUGUGCUCAGUCUUCCCAACAUUCUUCAGGAACCAGCAUUCAUGAUGAUACAAUAUGUCUACGCGCUAUUGACCAUGAUUCCAUGCCCCCUAUGGUUCUGGUACCGCUGGGCUAGCUCUAUUUUCAUGCUCGUCGUGUUCGUCUGGAGUAUCCACAACGGCGCAACUUAUUACAUAGAUGUCUUUGGGAAGCGGUUCCAGAAGGAAUUGGAACAGCUGAAAAAAGAUGUCGCCAAAUGGCAAGCCAGUCCAGACUAUGCCACAAGUCCACUUCUUGCACCCGGUCUUGCUACCGAUCCAGGCUCCCGGUUACUUAAUGACCUGGCUACAACACCCGGCGAGGAAUUAGACAAGUCUAGUCUCGAGCGUCUUCCGACUCUUGAUGCCCUGUCUGAUACUACUGGUGCCCAGCCUCGUGCGCCAGACGCCGCAUCUGCUUUGCGAAACCGGACAGCCGCUUAA